CACUUGGGUUUGGCAAUCGGAUUCAAUGAGAGUACACAGAGUAGAGACAGCUCACAGACUGAAGGGGGAGGGAGAGAGGCAGAACACAGCUAGACACAGGCACAGCAGGUUAAACGAUGGAGCUCAGAGUGGGAAAUAAGUACAGGCUGGGCAGGAAGAUUGGAAGUGGCUCCUUUGGGGACAUCUAUUUAGGUGCAAACAUUGCCACGGGAGAGGAGGUUGCCAUUAAGCUGGAAUGUGUUAAGACAAAGCACCCGCAGUUGCAUAUUGAAAGCAAGUUUUACAAGAUGAUGCAGGGGGGAGUGGGGAUUCCGUCAAUCAAAUGGUGUGGUGCAGAGGGAGAUUACAAUGUGAUGGUGAUGGAGUUACUGGGUCCCAGUUUAGAAGACCUGUUCAAUUUCUGCUCCCGCAAGUUCAGCCUGAAGACUGUGCUGCUCCUGGCAGAUCAGAUGAUCAGUCGUAUUGAAUACAUUCAUUCGAAGAACUUCAUUCACCGGGACGUUAAGCCAGACAACUUUCUGAUGGGGCUUGGCAAGAAGGGCAAUUUGGUUUACAUUAUAGAUUUUGGCCUAGCCAAGAAGUAUCGUGAUGCUCGGACACAUCAGCAUAUCCCAUACAGAGAAAACAAGAACUUGACUGGGACCGCUAGAUAUGCAUCUAUAAAUACUCAUCUUGGUAUAGAGCAAAGUCGCCGGGAUGACUUGGAGAGUCUGGGAUACGUCCUUAUGUACUUUAACCUAGGGUCGCUGCCCUGGCAGGGAUUGAAGGCAGCAACCAAACGGCAGAAGUAUGAACGAAUCAGUGAGAAGAAAAUGUCAACCCCUAUUGAGGUCCUCUGCAAAGGCUACCCCUCUGAAUUUUCAACGUAUCUGAACUUCUGUCGUUCCCUGCGAUUUGAUGAUAAGCCAGACUAUUCGUACCUGAGGCAGCUCUUCCGUAACCUCUUCCAUCGACAAGGUUUCUCAUAUGACUACGUGUUCGACUGGAACAUGCUCAAAUUUGGUGCAGCUCGGAACCCAGAAGAUAUGGACAGAGAAAGACGAGAACAUGAUAGAGAGGAGAGAAUGGGCCAGCUUAGAGGUUCCACUACCCGAGUGCUGCCUCCUGGCCCUCCUGCUGGUGCGGCCCCUAAUCGGCUAAGGAAUGGAGGAGAGCCUGUAGCCUCUACGCCAGCCUCUCGAAUUCAGCAGAGUGGUAAUACCUCUCCUCGGGCAAUCUCACGGGUGGACAGAGAGCGCAAAGUCAGCAUGAGGUUACAUCGGGGAGCACCUGCAAAUGUCUCUUCUUCUGAUCUCACAGGGCGACAAGAAGUGUCACGGAUUUCAGCAUCACAGGCCAGCGUACCGUUUGACCAUCUUGGAAAAUGAAAGCUGCCACUGGACCAAUGUUUGCUUAGUGUCUUCACUGUAUUUCAUUUUCUUUUAAAGACGAGAUUUAAUUUUUUUACUUUUUAUUUUCUGCCAUUGAAGAGAGCCACACUGAAAAUGCUGGUUCUGGCGCGGACAGAAAAGAACUGAUGCGUCAGGGAGGAGACUUGCUGCUUCUCUUUCCUUCCAGAUAUACUGGCAGUCCAGGACAGCGGAUUUUCUUCCUGCUUUCUCUAAACUGAACACUACAUAUAGAUAUAUACUGUAUAUAUUUUUCCGUUUUAUUUUUAGCUUACCUCCCCACAUCUCCCCCCCAAAAAACAACUGUUUUUUUUUUUCAAGGUGUAAGAUUUUAGCUGUACAUUAUUUUUAUUAUUAUUAUUAUUAUUAUUAUUUUUUUGUAUGACAUCCAAGUUUGGUAGAGUAAGGUGAGGGGAAAAGUGGUCUCGCUGUUACUGAUCUACUGCCUUUCCUAGGUUUGUAAGCCAAAUUGGGCUCUAUCCCCCUUUCAGCCUCCUCCGAUCUGUUUAUGGAGCGUUGCUAAAGUUCUAAGGUCACUGAACAUUCAGGGCUGGAGUGGGGCAGGAUCCUUGACUGAUUUUUUUCGCACUGAUCCACAGUGGAUGCCUACCUUGUUUUUUUAGUAUCUGCCUGCUUCAAAGAACCAUGAAGAAAGGUCUUUCUGGAAGAAGCAGAGUUUGUCCAAACAGCUGGUGAAUCCUAGCUGUUCAGGCAGUUUUAGUUGUAGGUUAUAAUGUAUUUUAGUAGUAGGUUUAUUGUUGGGUAUCUCCCACUAUGGCUGCUAGUGGUUUGUGGUUUUAAGUCUUUUGAAACAUUUAAAAAAUAAAAAUAUAUGAACACACACAGCAUUGUGACUUCCCCCUGCCCUACUGCAGCGGCAAGAGGCUGAGAUGGGUGCUCUCUGACUUUCCUGAUGAAGACUGUGAAGGUGCACAAGAUGUUUGAUGAGGGUUGUAUCAAAUGUUUGGGAGGCUCCUGGACGGUGGGAUACUGAAUGUUGAAGCUCCCUUUCCCUCCAUGUCCUGGACAUGCCCAUGCUGCACCACUAGAUAGCGCCAUGUAACUAGUUCUCUUUUACCCUCCAAACUGUUUCAAUAUUUAACAAUGUUUGGUUUCCUAAUUUAUUUACAAUAUUUUUACUUUUCUUUUUUUAUUUGUGGUAACUUUUAUUACUUUAUAAUUUAAAAAGAAAAAUUGAAAAAAAAAUCCAUUUUGGGGGGGAAUACGCAACUUUUUGGGGGGGUUUUUGUACUUCCUGUGUAAAUAUAGACUUUUUUCAGCUUUAAUGUGUUUGUUAAUUUGAGGUAAUAAAGUAGAAAAUGAUAAAGUGAUUAAAAAAAGUUUCUGACUUA